AUGGAAGAACCGAAUGAUUUAAAUCUCUCCGAUACCGUUAUGAGUGAAAUAAAAGGCAUGUGCGUCACAGAAUAUAGUAAACCAAAUAUGAGCUUGAUUGCCCAAAUUAACGAACUCUUCCCAACUGAGCAAUCACUUACUCAACUUGAUUCUGUAAUAGCUGCAGUAGAAGGCGAGAUAGGCGAGUUGGACAAUGAGUUGGCUUAUCUAGUGGAGACGAAUGCCAAUGUUAGUGAAAGAGGAGAAGAGGCUUUAAAACAUGCACAAAAAGCGAUGGUAGAACUGGAAAAGAGUAUAGGCAGUAUACGAGAAAGAACAAAGUCAUCAGAUGAGAUCGUUCGAGAGAUGACAAGAGACAUCAAACAACUAGACAUUGCCAAACGAAACUUGACGGCUUCCAUAACAACUUUACAUCAUCUUCAUAUCCUAUUAACUGGAGUGGAAUCUCUCGGAGCUUGGGUGGAGAAGAAAGAUUAUAGUUCUAUUGCUAGACAGCUUCCUGCUAUUCUGAAUGUUCUUCAAUUGUUUGAUGCAUACAAAGAAUCAGAACAGAUCGCUAAUCUUUCCGAACAACUAGAUAAAUUUAAAUCUAGUCUAACAAUUCAACUGGCUAGAGAUCUGAAGAAUGCAUUCCAGACUGGACAGCUCAGUGAUCGAAUUACUGAUAUGUGUAGAGUAGCAGCUGCACUGGAAGGAAACGUAAAAGAAAACUUUGUCAAAUGGUUCAUCGAACAACAGCUCAGUGAAUACUGUAUCAUUUAUGCUGACAAUGAAGAAGGAGCUUGGCUGGAUAAGGUUGACGACAGAUACAAAUGGUUCGUGAGGAAACUGACGGACUUUGAGCGAGCAGGACUAUCGAAUAUUUUCCCAAAUGAUUGGCAUAUGGGAAGACGACUAACAAGCGAGUUUUGUAUUGUAACAAGAGACAUUCUCUAUAGAAUAAUGACAAGAAGAAGGCAGGAUCUGGAUUGGAAAUUACUAGGACAUGCUAUUCAACACACCAAAAUGUUCGAAGCUCUCCUCACAAAACGGUUCCCAGAAAAAGAUGGGAUAUCGUUUGAAAAAACAAUUUGGAGUGUUUUUGACCCCUUCCUUGAUGUGUUCAUAAAUGCCCAAGAAAAAACACUCAACGAAUUUCUGGAUACCUGUGCAAGCAAAAUACGAUCAGGGGAAGAAAAACCAACCCGGGAAUCGUCUACACAUGCUGUACCGUUUCCGUCCUCAGCUGAUAUGUUCCUUCUCUUGAAAAAGGUAAUUACGGAAUCAAGCAAGUUGAGCAGUGAGCCAGAUGCUUUGAUAAGGGAUGUCAUCGGUGUAGUUCGGGUGUGUCUUCGUGGCUAUGCAACAUCAUGUCUGAUCGCAUUUCUGCCAUCACUGGGUUCACAACAAUCUGGAGCUGCCAACCUUUUCAGUCUGAUCAGAGAAGAAGUCGCCUAUCCAAGGCUGACUCCUGAUCAACAAUUUCUUGUUUGCUGCAUUCUGGCAACAGCAGAUUGGUGUGCAGAGACAUCGAUUCAGCUACAGGAAAAGUUGGCACAGAGGAUACCAGGCGUUGAUAUCACUCAAGAAACCGAAGCAUUUUAUUCUAUCACUAAUCAAUCUUUAUUGGUUUUAGUACAAGAUGUAGAGUCUACCUGUGAUGCUGCUCUACAAUCAAUUAGUAAAGUCAACUGGAGUUCAGUAGACUGUGUUGGUGACGAGUCUCCUUUUAUUGGAGCAAUGCGAGCUCAUCUUCGACAAGCUGUUCCUUUAGUUCGUGACAUGCUAUCUGAUCGUCGUAAAUACUUCGCUCACUUCUGCCUGAAGCUAGCUACUCAACUGGCUCACAAGUUUGUUGGAUCUUUGUUCCGAUGUCGUGCCAUCAGUACCCAUGGUGCCGAACAACUAUUACUUGAUACUCAUUCAUUGAAGACGUUUUUAUUGAGUGUCCCUUCUAUUGAUAGUGUCAUAAAUUCGAAACCACCAACUGCCUACGUUACAAGUGUGAAUGCAGCCUUGACCAAAGCUGAAAUGAUUCUGAAGGUAGUAAUGUGUAGUUUGGAUACGGUAGAUGAAUUUGUGGAGCAAUACAUCAAGUUGCUCCCAGCUUCUGAUGCAGCUGAAAUGCAGAAGGUUCUUGAAAUGAAAGGAGUCAAAAGACAAGAGCAUUCAGCGGUUCUCAACACCUACCGUAUUAAGAUAGGAGCUUCAGGAUCUGAUCCAAUACCACCAUCAAAUAGUCUGACAUCUAGAAUUGGAGGAGCUCUUCCAACCGUUGGAAGUGCGGCAUCUGUAUCUGAAGCAUUCAAUGCUGUAGUUUCAUUGGCUGCCGAUGGACUAUCAGAUCAAACUGUGACGUCUUCUAUCGACAAACUCAAACGAUUCGAAAGACUAGUCAAACGACAAUUGUGA